AGCUUUCCAGGCAGACGGGCAUAGAGGAAAGUAAUGAAUUUCCUUGUGCUUCAUGCCCCGAUAAAUCAACCCAAGAUCUAAGAAUGUCCACUCAAACUGCACGAUUGAACUUUUUAAAAGUUGUUUGCAUCGUUGGUAUUCGGAUCGAACUUACUAAUAAUAAACUAGUCCAUUCAUCAGAGGUUUCAGAAUAUGAAGUCUUUCAGAUUUCCCGGAAUUUUUCCGGUAACCUUACUAGUUCAAACUCGGCGCCAGUAAAAAAAUCCUUAAAGAUCAGGAAAUACUUGCAAAUCACCAUUCCUGUUUCUUCUGACGUAAUACCCAUUGGGCCUGAAAGAACACGCUUGAUAGAAUGGUCAUUGUCUGCUGAAGCUUUGUCUCAUGUCAAUCAUCUGCUCAGUAACAAGCAAUGUCCUCCCUUAAUAAGUGUUAAGGUUCCUGGCCAACAUGUGGCAUGUCAAUUAUUUGGGAUGAUGAUUCUACGGAGCCAGUGUAUGACUUCCAGUCCCGUUCUAUUCGACGUUUCUCUGUAG